UAUAGAUAGAAAGAGAGAGAAAGGAGAUUUCUUGUUUCCUCGUGAUCCGUGCAUAGUCUACGUGAAAUCCCAGAUUGCUUUGUUGUCUGUUUUGUUCCUUCAAGUGAACAAGUUUAAUUCACAUUCUUACCAAAAAAAUUGUAGCUUUUGGUAAAGAGAGACAGAGGGAAAGAGAUCUUAAAUUUACAAGUUUCUGGUGUUUAUCUGUUAAUUCCUACACUCUCAAAUGAUGUAUUUGUUUUCUGGGUGUUUCGUUUCAUCAGGGUGUUUGGACAAUUUGAACGGCUAGAAACCACUGAUAGCUUGGUGAGGUCAGGGUUCUUGAUCUGAUGGAGAGAGAUUUAUGACCAGAAUGGAUCCUCAGGCCUUUGUCAGAUUGUCAAUAGGGUCACUGGGGCUGAGGCUUUCAGGAACAGCGCUAAAUACUUCAAAAUCUAAACUUCAUGCAUUUUCUUCUCUGUGUUUGUGUGAGAUGCGACUUCGAGGUUUUCCAGUGCAGAAAACAUCGGUCCCUUUAAUAUCUUCACCUGAAGUCACCCCUGACAGUCACUGCAUUGCCUCAAGCUUUUAUCUUGAAGAAGCUGAUCUGAAAGCAUUGCUGACACGCGGUUGUUUCUAUAACCCUCAUGCCUCUCUUGAGAUUGCUGUUUUUACAGGGAGAAAGAGGCCGCAUUGUGGUGUUGGCGUCAAAAGGCAGCAGAUUGGGACAUUUGAACUAGAGGUGGGUCCAGAAUGGGGUGAAGGAAAACCAGUUAUUCUUUUCAAUGGAUGGAUUGGCAUUGGAAAAAACAAACAGGAGAGUGGAAAACCUGGAGCGGAGCUUCAUCUGAGGGUGAAACUAGAUCCUGACCCAAGAUAUCUCUUUCGGUUUGAAGAUGUGACCACGUUGAGUCCUCAGAUAGUUCAGCUUCGAGGUUCCGUCAAGCAGCCUAUAUUCAGUUGCAAAUUUAGUCGAGACAGGGUGCCCCAGGUGGACCCAUUAAGCAAUUACUGGUCAUCCUUUGUUGACAGUUUGGACUUAGAGACAGAGAGAAGGGAAAGGAAGGGAUGGAAGGUGAAGAUACACGAUCUCUCUGGCUCGGCAGUUGCAGCAGCCUUCAUAACGACUCCCUUUGUGCCAUCAACGGGUUGCGAUUGGGUUGCCAAAUCCAACCCAGGAGCUUGGUUGAUUGUUCACCCUGAUGCUUGCAGACCUGAAAGCUGGCAGCCAUGGGGAAAGCUGGAGGCAUGGCGUGAGCGUGGCAUCAGAGACACCAUCUGCUGCAGAUUUCACCUCCUCUCUGAAGGCCAGGAGGUAGGAGAUGUUCUUAUGUCAGAGAUAUUCAUCAGUGCUGAAAAGGGUGGCGACUUUUUCAUAGAUACUGACAAACAGAUUCGAACCUCUGCACCACCAAUACCAAGCCCACAAAGCAGUGGAGAAUUUUCAGGAUUGAGUGCUGUUGCAAGUGGUUUUGUCAUGAGCUGUAGAGUGCAAGGGGAAGGCAAGAGCAGCAAACCCCUGGUUCAGCUCGCCAUGCGACGUAUAACAUGUGUGGAGGAUGCUGCCAUCUUUAUGGCUCUUGCAGCAGCCGUUGAUCUUAGCAUUGUGGCAUGCAGACCUUUCCCUAGGAGAAUCCGGAAAGUUUCUCGCCAUUCCUUAUGAAACGAUAAGCACACAAUGGUCAUAAAUUCUCAUGAACAGAAGAUGAACAUUUAUUUUUCCGUGAUGUUAUUAUCUUGUCAAAUCUGUACAGCAUCUCAGGGUUUAUGUCUUAAAAAAUUGUUCAAAUCAAACAUGCUCUCAGUAGUUCAGUACUGCCUGCAUGACAUUGAUGCAUCAUUGCCCUCUGCGGACUUGCCAUCUCUGGUAGGGUGUAAUCUAACUUGGGAUUGCAACUCUUUUGAGGUGAUUUUGAUGACCUUUGGGGAAGCAUUAACCAAAGACCUAUCUUUCCUAGCCGAUGGUCAUAUCCUUGGCACACAGCAGUCAUGGGAGGGGGUUAAGGUGCUUCAUAUCAUCGACUGUGGCACCAGUGUUUAGCCCUGCAUCUGACUCUGUAUUCAAUUUCCAUUAUAGCCCACAACGCUUCUAUGUAACAGAUCAAUGUAUGAAUUUUUUUUCCUUUUCAUAACAUAUCAUAAAAUUUUCCCUUCGGAUAA